UCAUGCUGCUGCCAGGUCCAGAGUGUCUAUCAUGGGUCCCUGUACGGCCUCCCAUUGCUGCUGUCUCCAUCGCCACACUCUGCCAUGUGCCACUUUCAGGUCUCCUCACACUCUGCUGGUGGGUUCCAUUUUGUCAUUAGGGUGCUGGCAGAUUACGGGCCUCCCAUUGCUGCUGCCAGGCCCUGUAAUCUGCCAUGGGCCCCUGUACCGCCUCCUCAUGCUGCUGCAGGUCCAGAGUGUGUCAUGGGUCCCUGUACGGCCUCCCAUUGCUGCUGUCUCCAUCGCCACACUCUGCCAUGUGCCACUUUCAGGUCUCCUCACACUGCUGGUGGGUUCCAUUUUGUCA